AUUCCCAAUAGUCACUGCUGUGCAUUCCCGAUACUCACGGCUGUGUAUUUCCGACAGGUGAUAGAGAUGAUAGUAGGAAUCUCAGCUGUGUUUGGCGGUAUCAUCGCUCUCAACAUGGACGUCUUGCUCCCUGGUCCAUACCUGUCUGUCAUCUUCUUCUGGAUCUUAGUGGCUUGUUUCCCCAGUGCCAUUGCCAGCCAUGUCGUAGCAGAAUACCCCAACAAGUGUCUGGUGGAUAUGUUGAUUGCCAUCAGCAGUGUGACCUCCCCCCUGCUCUUCUCAGCCUCAGGCUUCCUCUCCUGCAGUGAGCUUAGUUUCAUUGACCCUGGACAAUCAUAUGACAUCCUGCUGCUGAUUCUGAUGGUGUUGCUGCUGGUGCAGGCUGUUCUGACUCUGGCCACCGUAGUGCACUGUGCCUCCUACAAGAGUCAGCUCCGCAUGGGGGCUCUAGAGUGGGAUGACAGCCAGCAGCUCCCAGCUCUACACUUAGAGCAACAAGCAUCCAACGGAACACUGCGGGACUUUGACAAAGACAAGGCCUGGAAGGCGGUCGUGAUAGUGGCACACUGA